CUUUACCUCAGAGUCAAGCCAAUAAAAAAGCAGGGCUGUGAGGAACUUGGCCUGGUGAGCUUCAUCCAACACAAUCUUUGCAUUCAUGACAACUUUACCCAUCAGAAGUGUGAAAAUUGCUUAUUGGACGAUUUAAGAAAAAAGGCAGAGAAAUGGGGAUCCAUCAUUAUAGGAACAGACUGAGUGUAACGUCUUCAGAGAGUGAGAGGCACACAGACUGAAAGAUGUUCUAUUCAGGUAUCCUCACCGAGCCUAGUCGGAAGGAAGUGGAGAUGAGGGAAGCUGCAUCUCUCCGACAACAGAGGAGAAUGAAGCAGGCAGUGCAGUUUAUUCACAAGGAUUCAGCUGAUCUGCUACCUCUGGAUGGACUGAAGAAACUGGGGACUUCCAAAGACACUCAACCACAUAACAUUCUGCAAAGACGUUUAAUGGAGACAAAUUUAUCAAAAUUACGAAACAACCGAGGGACAUGGACUCCAAAGAACGACAUCUCAGCACAGACCAAUAAGCUGAAUCAAACCAAGCCAGACAACCCAAAGAAAAAGGAGGAAGAAGAGUUAAUAUUAGUGUGCUGUCAGUGUGCUGGAAAGGACUUGAAAGCUGUGAUUGACACCAGUUGUCAGUAUAAUCUCAUAUCGUCCGCAUGUUUGGAUAGACUGGGGUUAAAGGAGCAUAUCAAAACAUACAAGACUGAAGGUGUGAAGAUUUCAUUACCACGCAAUAUGAAAGUGAUUGGCCAGAUAGAACAUUUAGCUGUUACAGUGGGAACUAUCCACGUGGACUGUUCUGCAGUUGUCACAGAAGAAAAUGAGAAAAACUUCUCCCUUGGGCUUCAGACCUUGAAAUCUCUGAAGUGUGUCAUAAAUAUGGAAAAGCAUCACCUUGUACUGGGGAAGACAGAGAGAGAAGAAAUCCCAUUUGUUGAUAAUAACAUCUCCACAAAUGGAGAGAACUCUUCUGAGGAAUAAAGACGGAAACACUCACAAAUGAGAAACCCUGACAUCAAAGCAAAGCUGUGCAGCUGUUCCAGAGGAAAUUGCAACAUGUAUAAUUGAUAACACCUAUGCUAGGCUAGAGCUGUAAAGCUAAAUUAAAUCAUAUUCAGUAGCCAGUAACUUAGCAAUGUUGUCUUGUUUUUGAGAUAGAAACAUAUGCUUAUUUUCUAGACUCUAAUAUAGUGCACCACUGAUUAUGAAUGGUCUGACAAACCUGAUGAGUUUACUCUAAUGAUGCGAAAAGUACUUUUUAUAGCAGCCUCAAAUGAAAUAAUUGUGUUUAUCUGUGAUUAGAAGCUACCAGAAUUAGAUUUUUACUAAUGAUUUUUUCAAUAGCUACUAUUUAUAUACACUAAAUUGACACCACCAGGUUCAAAUAGCCAUAAAAGGAAGCCACUCGUAUUAAAAUAUCAACAUAAAUAUCACAUAUUGGUAAAAAAAAAUCAUCCUAAUAGCCAUAACAUUGUUGCCAUGUUAUUAAGAAUGUGACUGUGGAGUCUAUGAGAAGAACAAUCAUAUGAUUAUUCACUGAUCAAAUUUGUCUUCAGGACUUCUAUUUACCAGAAGACUAUUGCCAGGACUAAUCAUAGUUCAAUAACAGCAAUUCUGGAAAAUUCUCCAUCCUGCUAGAUUUGCAUGUUGAGCCAUAAAGAAAGAAACAAGCACAAAGUUUUACUGUUUAAAAAGCAGCCGUGCUGCUGAUAGGCAAUUUGGCCUACGAGAUUCAGUCGUGAACCGAGCCUUAGUGGUGUAGGAUAUUGUGAUCCAAAUUCACUUUGAGCGCCUUUGCUUUUCUCCCCACCCAAGUGCUACUCCAUGAGCCUAUGCCAACACAACAGCUCUAGCCUGAGCUUGAAACUACCCUUGGAGCCAGGGCCGGCUCCAGACCCCAGCGCGCCAAGCAGGCGCAUGGGGCGGCAUUGU